AUUGGAAGCACUUGCAGGCACUUUGUUCGUCACAGGAACGUAAAUCCUGACGACAUAAUCAGCCUCGGAUGCAGAUGACCCGUUCGCUCCACUAUAUCCGCCUGUUAAUGUCGCCAGGCACAAUCCAUUAUUCACUUAAUGCUCCAGUUCGACAUCAGAACACUCCCACCAUCCCCACCAUCCCCUACCAUGAACGACAACUCAACGUAAUUAUCAUGCUUGCUGAUCCCACCAUCACGGCGCUAGGGUUUGACCCAGAUCACCGGUCCUGCAUCCUAAAUGGUACAGCUUUUCAACAGGACGCUAUUACGACUUUUGGUGGCUGGCAGUAUGCUUGCUACUAUGCAUCCUUGUCUCAUGUGUCGGCCGACCCGCUGUACGUUCAUCUGGCACGCAGGAGAUUGCCAAUAGGGACCUGGGAAACACUGAUCUUCAGAGAUUACGAGCAAAUCGUGGAUGAUGGGCACAACACGGUUCAGCUAGGAAUAUGUCCCGGAGAUGGCACAAUCCACAUCUCCUACGAUCAUCAUUGCGACAGACUAAGAUAUCGAUACUCAUUGGUAAAAAUCGCAAUAUGCCCUGAGGAAUUCGAAUGGGAUGCGAAGUACUUCUCGUCCACUGUCGAUUCUCUCCCCGGCUUGUCAGAACCGCAUGGCCUACUCGAAUACAUUAGCUACCCGCGUUUUGGCCCGUUGGAACGAGACCUUUGGUUUUCCUUCCGGACUGGUAAGGCUGGUCUAGGCGAUGAACUUCUCUGUGUCUACACAGCAGUGGCAGGUACUUGGACUCUUCGGGGCACGGUCCUCAAGGGAAUACAAAAUAGCCCGUAUGUUCAUGGUCUAGAAUACAGAAAUUCCCGCCUAUUCGUCACGUGGGUAUACCGUGCUUUCGUAUGGUAUGAGGGAUGGGACGACAUCUACGAUGUCAAGCAUAAGCAGCAGCGAGGGCCGAAUGCUGCGACUAACAAUCAUGAUAUAUGCUUCGCGUACUCAGAUGACGAUGGCAUCAUGUGGAAGAAUGGGGGGAAUGAGCAGAUAGCAGAUUUAUCGUGGGGGGAGAGUAUCAGCCCUGCAUCGCCUGGUAUAGUCGCCUUCAAUAUCCCUAAGAACUCGGGUCUCUCGAAUCAGGAGUCGCAAGCUGUUGACCACCGCGGCGGUAUACAUGUGUUGAACAGGGAUCAGAUGGAUGGAGCACAAAAGUGGAAGCACUACUACCGCUCACCGGAUGGACAGUGGGCGCAGCGUGCGCUUCCGCACGUCAGUGGCGUUUAUGGAGGUAAGCGUGGGUGCCUCGCAGUUAGUAAAGACGACGAUCUGUAUCUCAUCCUUCCAGAUAAUGAUGCGUUACAAUUGACCAUACUAAGGGCAUCAAGGGCGAGUGGCUAUGCUUCAUAUGACAUUAUCUGGAAAGGGGAGAAGUUUCCGCCUACUGAACCAUUGGUUGAUAGAGCCAGACUUGAUUAUGAUAAUAUUUUGUCCGUCUUCACGCGGGCAAGCGUGGAUGAAAAUAGCGACCUGAAGAGUGUGGUAGUGCUCGACUUUCAUUUGUGAGGCAACGGUCUAGGGACUACAUAUUGAAUUCAGGACUUUUAUCUGCAGCUAGAUCGAGUUUCAAAGUUGAAUCAAGGCAACGACAACUUUAUGAAGGGUGAAGGCGACCUGGCAUCAUGUUCUGUCUCAAUAUCGAGCUCGAUGUACGGCCCCGCGAUGAUAACACCGAUGCGCUUGAUUGGGUACCCGUUGUAUGAGCACAGCAUGUAUGAGCACAGCAUGUAUGAGCACAGCAUGUAUGAGCACAGCAUGUAUGAGCACAGCAUGUAUGAGCACAGCACGUAUGAGCACAGCAUGUAUGAGCACGGCAUG